GAUUAUUAUUCUGGAGAAGAAGUGCGGCGGCGAUGGCGGAGGAACAUCGUUGUUUGAAGUUGUUCGGAGUAAAUAUCGUUGUUGAAAGUAAAAAAGGUGGUCGGAAAAAAGGGAAGCCCUGGAGUGAAGAAGAGCACAGGAAGUUCUUGGAGGGUUUGGAGAAACUUGGGAAAGGUGAUUGGAAAGGAAUUUCGAAGAAGUUUGUGAGUAGCAGAACCUCCACCCAAGUUGCUAGUCAUGCUCAGAAGUAUUUUCUCAGACAAAUUUCUUCUCAUAAAAAGAAACGUAGAUCAAGGCUCUUCGACAUGUCCCGGGAACAAACUGCUACCAGUUCGUCACAGGCUAGUCCUUCGGAAACUACUGAAACCCCAUCAGGUUAUGCUGCUGGAAAUAUUCCUAACAUGGUAGGAUUUGCUUUGGGUGGCAAAACUAGAGCAGCUGCUCCACCAGUGUUGCACAUGGCAAAUUAUGCUUAUGCACCCAUUACUUCUCACCAUUCAGCUACUCCUAAUCUAAGCUUGUUUCCUAUGAACUAUUUGGCAAAAGCUUCAUCAUCGGCAACAAUUAGGAAGGAAGAUCCUUUGGAUCUUAAAAUUGGACCUAUUAUCAGUUAUUAUUAAGAGAUUUAUGUA